GUAAUUGUACUACAAUGAAAACGAACCAAAAACAGAAUCCCUCUCUCUCUCUAAACUCUCUCUCUCUCUCUCUCUCUCUCUCUCCGGGCAUAUAUUUGUGCACACUUGCCAUUCCUACAAGUGACUUUUUUUUUAUCUAAGUAUUUCCUUCCUCUCUCUCUCGUCCUCCGCGGGUAAUAAAAUUCUAUCCCUUCCCCCCUGCUUCGGAGAUUUCGAGGGCCGAAUCUCGUCCCAAGAUAUUUCUCCUCCAGUGAAUCCGUCUACAUAUGCAUAUACACGUAUACAGCCGGCUGAUUUGUGGAGAAAUUUUUAUUCUUUUCGGCACACAGCUUUUCGCUUUUGGCCUUUCCCCCCAUUCCUUCAACCCCAUUGGGUAGCCAUACGACACCCACGAAGAAAAAUAUAUGUAUAUGCGUAUAUAUGUGUGUGUGUGUAAAUCAGUUUGGAUUGGGUAAUUUGGGGAGCGAUUUAGCAGUAAUUUCAUGGUUUUCACAGAGAUUACUUGGCCCCAUGGGGGCCGUAAGGUCUUCCUUUCUUUCUCCUUCAGCGGGUGGACUGAGCUAAUACCAAUGACUAUGACGGAGGGUUCUUGUUUGGUUUUUCGAGCAAUUUGCGAUCUUCCUUUGGGUCGUCACCAGUACAAAUUCUUGGUAGAUGAUGCAUGGCGAUACAACGAUCAACAACCUUUUGCUCAGGAUGAUUAUGGAAGCAUUAAUAAUUACAUUCUAGUGGAAGAACGGCAGCUCUUCUCAUCAAGCUUACACACUCCAGCAUUUACACGAAGCAUGGACAUAGAUAGGAAUCCGCAGGAUGAGGCAUCAUCAUCUGGUGGUGGACAUCUUGAUCGAGUGUUGCAAUUGUUAGAUAAUGACGUAGACAUCUCUCGUCAUCGUCUAUGCAUGCAUUUGGCAAGUCACAAAAUAGAUGAGUUGAUUCCCAACUCAGGCAAGGUGUUCUUAUUGGACGCUGAGAUGGCUGUGAAAGAGGCAUUCCAUGUUAUGCACGAACAGGGACUUGCAGUUGUGCCAAUUUGGGAUAGCAAUCGCCGACAAAUUUCGGCAAUGAUGACGGUUUCAGACUUCAUUUUGAUAUUAAUGGAGCUUCAUCGAAAUUAUGCGAUGCUGACUGAUGAACAGCUAGAAGUGCAUACUAUUUCUGCCUGGAAAGAAGGAAAACGCCAACCAAAUGGAGAAGCAGUUGGGGCUGCACAGCUGAUGUUCGGAAGGCCUUUAAUACGAGCUGGUCCUGAUGAGUCUCUAAGAGAUGUGGCUAUGAAGAUUCUGGAUUAUAAGAUAUCAACUAUUCCAAUUAUCGAGGAAUCUUACCCACUGUUGUUACAUGUAGCGUGCCUCGGUGGAAUACUAAAAUAUAUGUGCAGGCACUUCAAAAACAAUCUUGAUUCUCUACCUCUUCUACAACACCCGGUUGGUAGCCUCUCUUUAGGUACAUGGACAAGUGGAGUUGGAGGAGCACGUCAUCUUUUUGCAUUACGUCCCAAUGAUACUCUUGGUUCUGCUCUUAACUUAUUGCUACGAGAAAAUAUAAGUUCAAUACCUAUUGUUGAUGGUGAUGGUUCCCUCAUAAACAUAUAUUCCAGGAGUGAUAUCACCUCUUUGGCAAAAGAUGAUGCCUACACUCGUAUCCGGCUUGAUCAGCCAGUAAUUUCCCAAGUGCUGGAACUGGCUGAUGGUUCUAAUAGGUAUCACACAUGUACGCGUUCUGAUCCCUUGUACGUGGUUAUGGAGCGCCUUUCAGAUCCAGUGGUACGGCGCCUUAUUGUUAUUGAUGCUGGCAAUCAGCGUGUUGAAGGCAUAAUCACAUUAAGCGAUGUAUUUAGAUUUAUAUUGAACCCAAUUUAAUUUGUAAAUUCCUCCUCUGUCAUUCAUAAUCAUAGAUCUAUAUUCCGAGUCAAUAACUUUUUUCUCCCAUAUUACUUUGGUUUUUUUUUGAACGGUGUUUUCUCCCAUAUUACUAAUCUUUUUGUCUGUAGUUUUCCACGGUUUACUUCUUUUGAUUGUUUGAAGUUGGAACGAAGGUUUGACAUUAAAAUGUUCAGAAUUGAUUACAGUUAGAGAGUUAAGAAAUUACUCCAUAAUAAUCUGGUUGUGCAUAUUAAAAUGUUCAGAAUUGGUUACAGUUAGAGAGUUAAGAAAUUACUCCAUAAUAAUCUGGUUGUGCAUAUUGAACGCGGACAUUUAGCAUUUUAGCUGAUCCAGUUACAUGUGAUUGAACUUUCUUCUUCUCCUCCUUCACAUCCCUGUGAGACUUUUGUUUUGACAUCUACUUGCAGCUUACCCUUUGUUCUGAUAAUUCAGUACAUAUAGAACAUUUGCUCCCCUCCAAACUUGAUAUUAAUGAUUCACUCUCUCUGUCCUAACAUCCUGGAUGCUAUACCCGAACCAGUUGAUACCUUUUUUCUCAUUCUCCAGCUUAUCUAUAACUAUAGUCCUGUCAUUAUGGACCUACCUCGGAUAAACUUCCAGGGCUGCUAGUGGGGGGUCCACCAAGGGUGGUGGCCUGCUUGCGGUGGCAGCUUAUUCCCACCGAGUUUGGCGAUCAAGUGGCUCUUAUAGAUGGACAAUACACUGAUGUAUUCCUUUGCAACAGGCUUCUGCCCUCUAUGAUCCUGAUGGAGUUUGGUAGGGUCCUCCUUUCAGGUCCCCUUCCAUAGGGCUUCUUAUAGCCACGUCCAAGGAGGACUGUUGGGACUGGUCGCCCCAUCGUAUCUUUUUUAUUGAAAUAAAAACCAGCAUGAACUAUGCGAAAUAAGAUUUUGGAUGAACCAGCUAACAGUAGACAUAGGAACCACAAACAUGUCUAUCGGCCUCACGUAUCUUUACUUCGGACACAGACAUGACGUGUUACUCUUCAGACACAUGUCGAACACUCUUAAAUAUGUGUGUCCAGUUUUUCAUUAGACUCCAUUUUAUUUUACUCCAAUAUAUUCUGGAUACUUUGGACACGUAGGGGAAACUGUUGGGAUACACUACAUAAGAAGGUUAAAACAGAAUAACUAAAACUUGGCUGAGAGUCAAUUUUCAUGCAUGUUAGGUCCAUGAAUACUUGUUAUGUGACCGCUGAUUUGUGUCUUCAUAGUAGUAGUUCAAGUUGAGAUUUUUAAUUUAAUCUGACAGUAGUAUUUCUUACUCUGUUAUGUAUUCACAAGAUACAUCUAGAAAAUAAAUAGGUCGCGUGCCGCCAACGUGUGUUUAUUCUAAUAUGUUUGAAGAAAUAACGUGUUUGCAUAGCCGUGUCUGUGUCCUGCAUCUGUGCUUCUUACCCCCGACUUAAAACCUUGAAGGCUUGAACCUAACUUUACAUGUCAUUGUUUGAGUCUUAUCCAUAGUCGAUUUCUAUGACUGUUUUGGCUCUAGUGAUUGUGGAGCCAAGUUUCCACAUUUAGCUACUUUGGAUGUGUCCCACUAAUUUGAUUAGUGCCCUUUGGACACAUAUUAAUAUUCUCAAAGAACAAUUUAGGUACGCAUAGGGUAACAAGUGGAUGGUCCAAAGUGAUUGCACUCCAUCUGAAAGUGGAAAUAUGCAUCAUAUACUCCUUUAGACUCGCACCUAUUUUCUUUCUAAAACUGCUUUAAUAAACGCUUCUUCCAAUUUGCUUUGCUUUUGUAACUUUGUUACUCUCUUUUGACAAGUCAUACUCCACUUAGCAACCAACUUUUCCCUACCCUUCUUGCCUUGGUCAAUCUUUGAUCCAUUCCUUUUAGCUAUUCUCCACAUGGAAGGACUUGCCUCUUACCAUCUGUCAGGGUGUACUGCUCUCAGCAUCACAUAGCCAUCUGCGGGAGAUCCACUGUAAUUAGGCUCAAGCCAAGGUCCCUACCGUGUGCUACGAGCGCUAAAUACUAUGUUUAGCCCCACCAAGCGUCUAUAGAGACUUAACCUCAAGCGUUGAACGAGUAACUCUAAGUACUUUAUCCAUUGAACCAACCGCUUGAUGGCCCCUCUCCCUCUCUAUUUCCUAGUAGAUUAAUUUAAUCGGUGUAAACAGAAUAGAACUAUUCUUCACGAGAUAAGUAUGACCUAAUAUGAGAAUAAUGCGUUUGGGGGACCAUUCAAAAUGUCAUAUGCCCUCUGUUGAUAUACUUUUUCCAUUCUUUUUAUAUUUCAAAACCGCGAUAUGUGCGUGUAUAUAUAGCGAAGGAGAAGAAAGAAGGCAACAGGGUUAUCAUUCCUGAGGCCCUCUUGCUCCUGAGAUGUGGAGGAAGAAGGAAAAGAAGAUGAACAUGAGGAAGAAAGUGAUCACUCAUUCAUCUGUUGUUGCAUAUUAUACCUUCUCCCACAUGUGAUCACAUCACAGAGGGGAGCAGAAAAACAAAAGGCAAGUCAUACAGGCAAAGGGAAGGCAAUGCCUUUCUUCCAGUUUUAACCCAGUUUAGUUACUGUUUUCAGAAUCAGUUUCAGUUUCGCAGAAUGCUCUUUUCAGUGAAAACUAUUGUUUUCACAUCUUAGUUCUUUUUUGUAUCUGUGAAUGAGUUUCAACUAUUUGGAAAAAAAUAUAAAAAAUGUUGUGAUUGUGCUGACAUAUAUAGGUAUGUUUCCAAAAGAAUUAUUCGAAAAAAUAAGUUCCGAAAACUGUCGACCCGACAAGUAUUUGGGAAGCAUUCUGCAAAAAACUGAUUCUGAAAAUAGCAACUGGAUGAGGUGUUUUUCAUUUUCCUUUCUAGUCUUGGACUGUGUUUGUUCAGUUCAUUGUGUUGUUGUGUGACUUGUGUCUGUAAUAUUGGGAUCAAAUAAAGACAGAGAUUGCACA